AUCUAAAAAAAUCAAAUAAUUUUUCACUGAACCGGUAGCGAUCUGAGCUGCCCAACCACUCAGUCGCGUGGCUUCCCCAAUUCACAGGAGAAGCUAAAACCAUUGAAGAGGCGAUUCGGAGAAGAGAAAGGAAAGUGAAUCGAGAGAAAAGCGAAGAAGAUGGGUGGAGGAAUGGAAACGAACAAGAACAAGUUCAUUGAGGAUUGGGGAUCGGCGAGGGAGAAUCUCGAGCACAAUUUCCGCUGGACCCGUCGCAACUUCGCUCUCAUCGGAAUUUUCGGCAUCGCCCUCCCGAUCCUCGUCUACAAGGGAAUCGUCAAAGAUUUCCAUAUGCAAGAUGAAGAUGCAGGCAGACCACAUAGAAAGUUCCUCUGAGUUUGUUUUGGAAGAACACUCUAUGCAGUGUGUGUGAAAGUAUCAAGAAGCUGAUGCUAGAACUCGGGGGUUUUUUUUUUGGCAUUUUAUUCAGAAUAAAAGAAAAAACAUCUGAAGGAUUAUAGUUUCUGUUUGGAACCGUUUAUCUGUAUGUUUUUUUCUUUUUGUUGUCAAUGGAAAAGUUUGUCUUGAUUGGCAAAUAAAAAACUGAAGUUUGCCUAAUUUGAAAUUACUUUUGUGCUGAAUUUAGCA